AUGGCAGCAUCGAUCGAACGAGAUAAGAUUAAUCAUCAAUUAGUAAAUGAAAUAUUUGACCGAUUAUUAAAGUUUGGUAUUGAAUCUGAUCGUCGAGUAUUCUGCCAACGAUUAAAAGCAAUAUGGCAAGAACAAAGCAUCUUUUGCCAAUCACAUCCAACAAUUACAAAUCAAAUACUUGAUUUAUAUAAAUUAUAUCAUCUUGUUCAAGAAAAACAAGGCUAUUUAGAGAUAACAACAAAUCGUGGGUGGAAAGAAAUAUCAAAUGUAUUAGGCUUUGGUGAUUCUGGUUCAGCUGCAUAUAGUGUAAAACGAAAUUAUGUUCGACUUGGGUUAUUAGCUUAUGAAUGUCAAUAUGAUCGAACUGAUCUUGAUCCACGUUCAGUUAUUGAACUAUCUGAAAUGCCUCAUACAGUAAAAAAGAGAAAACGUGGAAAUCCUUCAUCAACAUUAACGACACAUACCAUUACUAAGACUAAUAAACAACAACUUCCAAUACUUUCAAGCCAACACGAACACGAUGAUGUAAAAAAACCAUUAGCAUCCUCAAUCGAUAUUCAUACGUUUUCAAAAAAUUCUUCUCGCUAUCAAAACUUAUCAACAUCAUCAUAUCGUCUUACACCACAACAAAUGCCAAUCAAUGAUUUUCAACGUUUUCCUUAUGUAUUACGUGCUGGUUGUUUAGCUGAGAGUAAUAAAUAUUUAGAUACACUACUUGUUUGGCUUAGUGAUCAACAUACAGCUUCUUAUUUUAAUUUAAAAUCUCUACCGGGUCUAUUUAAUGCUAUUAUGGAACAAUAUACUGCUUGUCUUUACGAAUUGUAUGGCCAAUCAUUUCUACAGCCAUCAUCUACGAAUGAUUAUUAUGUGAAUUGGUUUCUUCAAUCAAAUUUACGAAUUAAUGAUAGUACCAUAGGACCCAAUUCAAAUCAACAACGUUUAGAAUCACUAUUCUAUGGCACACAUCGUUACGUUCUCAAAAGGUUAAUACAAACAUCUAUCAAAUCAAAAUUCAAUAGUAAUUCAGAUAAGGUCAAUCCAAAUGCAUUACUUUCGUCUUCUCCAUCAGAACUAGUCGAUACUUGUGAAAAUAGUUCAUUGUUUGAUCCAAGUUUUUCUAGUCGACGACGGAACCCGGUAAAAUUCUAUACCAAUGAUACAUCAACAAAACAAAUCCUAUCAUCAAUAGAAGACUCUAUGCAAGACAACAAUCAGCAACAAUCAUCACAAGAUCAACAAAGUCAACGUUAUCGUUCUAUCAUGAUACGAUGUUCUUGUCUUACAACAAUAGUACGAAAUUUAUCAUUUAUUGAAGAAAAUCAAUAUUUAGCUAAUGAUCGUCGAUUAUUAGAUAUUCUCGAGCGAAUAUUAAAUUGUCAUCAUGACGAGGUGCACGAAAUAUUUGAUUAUGACUUGCAUUCACAUGAACAAUGCUACGAUACAUGUUCGAAUUGCUUGGGGAUAGUUAAUUAUGAUGACAAGCAAUUAGAAUCAUCAACGGACUCUAUCAUUCAGCUUGAAAAUGUUGAUUUAUCGAAUGAUUUCUGUCAAAAAUUCACAAAAGCUUCUACCGACACUAAAAUCGAUGAUCCACUUUCUUGUAUAACUGAUGAUAAUAAACAACAUUUAAUGUAUCUUCUUGAUAAUACAUUUAUUACACUUUCAAAUUUAUCCACAUUUAUUAAUUUUCGCCAUUGUUAUUCGUCGACACGAUGUCAAUUUAUAAAUACUCUUAUUCAUUGGAUUUUAUGUUCAUUAUCAUUAGCAAAUGAGCCAUUUAUUUCCAUGAUAAGCGAAGAUGAACUUCCGAAAAAUUCAACAAUAAACAAUAAAAACAAAGAAAGUAUCUAUAUUUCACCACGUCAAAUAUCAUUACAAAUUUUAGCUAAAUUAUGCACAAACGAAAUAAAUGUUGAUUUUAUUUUACUUGAUUUAAAUAUAGAGAAACUUCGAAUUUUAAGUCAUGCUCUUCUUUCUCUUAUGAAUACGCCAAAUCAACAAGAUAUAAAUCGUGAAUAUUGUUUAAUCAUUAUUUGUUCGUUAUGCAAACGUAACCAACAGUUAGUUGAAUUUUUCUGUGCACAUGCGAUUUGUAUUGAAUUAAUAUUUAAUUAUCUUGAACUAUAUGAAUAUAAUCAACAACAAUAUUUAAUAGCAACACUAACAUCAUGUUGUAAUGCAACAACAUCAUCAAUAACAAUACCGAUAAAUAAUAUAAUUAAUCAUUCGAUUGAUAUGAUGAUUGAUUCAUGUAUUCAACUUUUAUUAUUAUUUGCUCCGAUUCAAGAAAAAAAUUGUUUAAAAUUAUUUGAAUAUAAACUACUCAAUAUGUCAUCGUCAAUUUAUUUCGAACAGAGAAUAUUAAAAGCUUUUGCUAAUAUAUUAUAUAUGAUGAAAUUGUAA